CAAUGUUUAUUACUUCGUAUUCCACAGUCCACAUAUCAAGGUGUUCCAUGUGUUAAAUUAUUAUCAAAAACAGUGACCGCUUCAACAAUAAAUAGCAAACAAAAUGUUAAUGUAAAAUACGAGUUUUAGCUGCUUUACAUUUUGUUGUUAUGGUGAUAGAUCUAUAAAAAAAUGUUUUUGUAAACUUCAUGAUAAUAAGUUUAACGAUGUUGUUUCCACGAUUGCGUCUAGUGACGUCCAAAGGGACUUUGAGUGUGAUUAAAAGACAAAACAGUUUGUGGACUGCUGGAAACGUGGUGAAGUCACCGGCCAAAGAUAUCUUGGUCCCGGAUGUCACCCUGCAUGAAUACGUUUGGAAGAACUUGGAUAAGUGGCCGACUAAAACUGCCAUCGUAUGCGGGGUGACAGACCGGAGCUACACUUACGAGCAAGUGUACUAUCACUCCCGUAAUUUUGCCGCGCAUUUGCGGAAAUCCUUCAAAAUCAAAGAUGGCGACUGCAUUGCCGUCAUGUUGCCCAACCUGCCUGAAUACCCAGCUGUUGUGUUUGGUAUAAUGGCAGCUGGAGGCCUCGCCACAACCAUCAACCCUGGGUAUACUGCACAUGAAGUCCAAAGGCAGCUGACACUUUCGGAAGCCAAACUAGUCAUAACUACACCAGAAAUAGCACCCGUAAUGAAAGAAGCUCUCAAGAUUAUCCAGAAAGACCUACCAAUGAUCACAGUGACGGGUCCUAAGAUAGACAAAGCAGCGAGUUUUGAAGAACUAAUGAAUAGUAAAGAUGUAGAUAAGGAUAUACUGAAGGAAGUGAGAAGGGUAGCUAGUGAUGUGUGUCUGCUGCCGUGCUCUAGUGGAACCACUGGUCUGCCGAAAGGAGUGGAGCUUACUCAUAGGAAUAUUGUCGCCAAUUGCGAACAGCAAAACACGGAGUUACGGCAUUAUGAGUUUACAACACGCUCCCACCAAGACUCGGUGGUGAUAGUGCUGCCGAUGUUCCACAUGUUCGCUCUGUCGGUGGCGAUGGUGCACAAGUUCUCUGCAGGUCUGCGGCUCGUGUCUCUGCCCAGCUUCCAGCCACAGACGUUCCUGGACGCCAUGGUCAAGUACCGCGUCAGCCUCAUGUAUACCGCUCCGCCUUUAGCCCUAUUCCUGGGAUCUCACCCCGCCGUGUCGAGCAAGCACUUCGAGCAUCUCAACACGAUCCUGUGCGGCGCCGCGCCUCUCCCGGGCGCUGACGUCGACAACGUGUUCAGAAAAGCCGGGAAAGAGCUGGACUUCCUCCAGGGCUACGGCCUCACGGAGACGUCUCCUCUGGCCACGGUGAGCCCCCCCGGGUGUCGGGACCGCGCCUCCGCCGGCGUGGCCAUACCCAGUGUUGAACUGCGGGUGGUGGACGCGGAGCUACGGAACUUGGGACCUGAUGAGGAAGGAGAGCUUCUAAUAAGGGGUCCGAACAUAAUGAAGGGUUACAAGGACAACCCAGAGGCUAACAAGGAGGCUUUCGUGGAGGGAGGCUGGUUCCGCAGCGGCGACCUCGCCCGGAUCAGCGACACUGGCGCCCUCUACAUCUGCGACCGACUCAAGGAACUUAUCAAGGUGAAAGGUUUCCAAGUCCCGCCUGCAGAGCUGGAAGCAGCCCUGAAGGAGCACCCCGGGGUCCUCGACGCGGCAGUGGUCGGCAUACCUGAUGAUGAGACCGGAGAGAGACCCAAAGCCUUCAUCAUCAGACAAGGGAACACGACCACCAAAGAUAUCCUGGACUUCGUGAAUGCAAGACUCGCCAAGUAUAAGAGGAUUAAGGAUUUAGUGUUCGUUGAUUCUAUACCGAAGAAUCCUUCGGGCAAAAUUCUUAGGAGGGUAAUUAAGGAGAAGUAUUGUUGAUGUUUAUUUUUAAUAAAUAAAAUAGUGUCUGUAUGAUUAA